AAAGUUAUAACUUGGCAGGCUGGUGUUCUACAUUUAGUAAAUGGUGACCAAACAUAUGGAACACUUGCAGGUGGAUGCCCUCCAAUGGGAUUUUCAGCUUCUGGCUUAAAAUUUGAUGGGCUCUGCUACCUCCAUACUCAUCACUAAUCUUUCAAGACCCAUAACCCGACUCUAUAUAUCAUCACCAUCUCUCUCAAGUUGAUAUGAUUUGGCUGGAAUGUUCUUAUCUUUCUGAUCUUACUAGAUCUGAUUGAAUAAAAAAGCAUCUAUGGAGAGGAACAAUUUCAACAAUAACUUGAAAGAUCAUAGUAUUGGCUGUAGAGGCAUUAAAGACUGCAGCAACAACCACAAGGUCAAGGAUUCAUGGAACUGUAACAGUGGAAGUUAUGGAGAAGAUUGUCCAGAUGGAUUUUCAUGGCCUCCAAGAUCUUAUACAUGUAGCUUCUGCAAAAGAGAAUUCAGAUCUGCCCAAGCUCUGGGUGGCCAUAUGAAUGUUCACAGGAGAGAUAGAGCCCGGCUGAGACAGUCACCUCCAAGGGAUGGUCAGUACCCUAUUCUUAAUCUUAAUCUCAAUCCUAACCCUAAUUUCUCAACAUCGCCAUCAUCGUCUUCUCCUCCAACAAGGCUUCCACCAUUUACUCGCACGUUACCUUCCUUGGUUUCUUCCCCUCUUUCCUCUUUAUCUUCACCAUCUUCUGCUUCACCUAGUGAUCAAGUGAAGAAAUGGGGUGUGGAUGGUUCCAUGCUCAACCCUUUGAGCCCGAGAGUCCUGGAUUUAGCAAAGAUGAAGACCACACAAUCUUCUUUUGGGGUUGGAGAAUAUCAUGGCUUCACCCAAGAAGAUGAGUAUAAGGUUCUGAAGAAGGCAGAGUUUGUUAGGUUGGACUUGGAGAUUGGUCUACUUAGUGAUUUAAAGGAGGAUUUGGAUUUGGAGCUUCGACUUGGAUACUCCUAGGUCCAACAUUUUCAGAUUUCUCCAAAAUAUUAUAAUAUUAUUAGUCUGCUGUUAUUUGCCUUAUUGCACCUUACAUUCGCAAGUAGGAUGAAGAUGAACUCAUGAAGAAGCAAAGAGAUGAAGGUGUAGGGGAUGCUGGACUCAUCUUCCAUAGCUACAUGUACUGAUGAUUGCUAUCAUCCCUAUGACUAUUAUUUCCUUCCUAUUUGGCAAAUCUUUUUAUUAUUUUUAGCCAAGGCUCUCUUCCGUACCUUUGUGAAGCUUGUUCUUCAAUGAAAACUGAUUCAUGCUCUCUUUUCCCACAAA